UGCGUGCUCCAAGAGCGUGAAAAAGUGUAUGUGGCUUGGAAGCGGAACUGUGAAUAGCGUAUAACCUUAAAGAAAUUCAUUAAACAUGUUACAAAAAUGUUUCAGAGCCUCCUAGUAAUUUUCCUUAUAGUAAAAAAUCUCAAUGAUGCUAUCAGGGAGGGUAGCAACUGUACGGGAUGAUAAUAUAUGGUUUAAACAAGUAUCUUACCUAGAAAAGGAUGGAAUGUGUACGCUUUUUUGAAACCUAACUGUCACACACACAGCGUUUUAUGUAUAGUCAUACAUAAAGACGAAGUGCCAGUAGAGUGCUAUUUGCUUUAGUCCAUACUUUGUAAAAGGAGAAUAGCGGACUGCUUUCUGUCCGUUUCAGACACAGUUGUUGUUCAGAAAAAUAAAUGAACAGUUAUCAUACAACACUUUCUCAGCUGACGUAAAUUGAGCUGAAGUGUUUUCUUUUUAAUUUAUUCGUUCACAACACGCCUUUUUCGCUCCAACAAGGAAGUGGUAAUAAGCAGUAGGAGCACACUAUCUGUUGUUCAGAAAAACGGACAACAUUCAGUAUGUCGAGCAACAAGUGCAAAAAUUGUGGUGGUACAGACAUAGAUGUCGACCCAGCCCGUGGUGAUGCUGUGUGCACCAGCUGUGGUUCUGUGCUGGAGCAUAGUAUAAUUGUGUCAGAAAUACAGUUUGAAGAUAAUGCACAAGGAGGAAGAGGGACAAUUGGACAGUUCGUGUCAUCUGAUUCAAAAGGUGGAGCCAGAAACUUUGGAGGGGCUUUUCAUGCUGGCUUCGGGAAGGAAUCAAGAGAGAUCACCCUACGCAAUGCUAAGCGAGCUGUUACUAACCUAGCCCAGCAGCUAAGGUUAAACCAGCACUGCAUUGACACAGCAUACAAUUUUUACAAGAUGGCACUGACAAGGCAGUUAACUAAAGGAAGAAAAAAUACUCAUGUUGUAGCGGCUUGUGUUUACAUGACUUGCAGAGUUGAAGGAACAGCACAUAUGUUGAUUGAUUUCAGUGAUGUGCUUCAAAUUUGUGUGUAUGAACUGGGACGUACAUACCUCCGAUUGUCACAAGCUUUGUGUAUCAACAUUCCAUCAAUGGACCCUUGUUUAUACAUUCUAAGAUUUGCAAAUAGACUAGAAUUUGGAGAUAAGACUCAUGAAGUUUCCAUGACUGCAUUGCGUCUAGUGCAGCGAAUGAAACGAGACAGCAUCCAUACUGGAAGAAGACCUUCUGGCCUAUGUGGUGCAGCUUUGUUGAUUGCUGCCCGACUACAUGAGUUCAGUCGCACAGUCUCUGAUAUAAUUAAAAUAGUAAAAGUUCAUGAAUCAACAUUGAAAAAAAGACUAAUAGAGUUUGGUGAAACACCUUCAAGUGCACUGACUCUUGAAGAAUUUAUGACAAUUGAUUUAGAAGAGGAACAAGAUCCACCAUCAUUUAAGGCAGCUCGGAAGAAAGAUAAAGAAAGAUUAAAGAUGUUGGAGGAGGAGGGUGUAGAAAAAGACUUUACAGAACUGCAGCGGGAGAUUGAAAAACUUCUUGAUGAAAGAAAUAACAAGAAGCGGAAAAGAAAAGUUAUAAUUGAUGCAGGUCCAAAUUCUGAUAAUGAAUGUGAAGAGGCUGAAAAUUUUAUUGUGGAAUCAACACUGGGAACAAUUGAGGGCUGUCUUACAGAUGAUGUCAACUGCUCAUCCAAUAGCGGCAAUGUUGUAGGAUUAGGACCAGACAUUGCCAGCAUGGGCUUAACAGGAUCUGUUGAUGAUCAUACACAGAAAGAGGCAGAAGAGGAAAAUGCUGAGUUGGAUCUCGAUGGAAUAGAUGAUGCUGAAAUUGACUCAUAUAUUAUGUCAGAAAAAGAAACUAAAUAUAAAGAUGAUCUCUGGAUGAAAAUUAAUGCUUCUUAUCUCGAGAAACAGAAAGAAAAAGCUGAAAAGUUGGCAAAGGAAAAAGAAGAAGGGAAGCCAGAAAAGAAGAAGAGAAAAUGUGGAAAUAGGAAAAUUAGAAUCCCACCUUCAAGUUCUGCAGGAGAAGCAAUUGAAAAAAUGCUGCAGGAGAAAAAAAUAUCAUUAAAAAUUAAUUAUGAUGUCUUAAAAAGCCUAAAUGCAAAAGAUGAAGGACAGCCUGAGAAGACGUCUGAAUCAACAACAGCUGGCUCAGCCAGCUCAACGCAGCUAGUAAAAUCUCUGCCUGCAAGGGAACUCACGAGUAAUAAAACACUCCAUACUAAAGUUGUUGAGAAAACAAAUGAGCUUCCAGUUGAAGUAAUUGAGGAUAAAGAUGAUGAUGUGACACCGGUUCCAGGUAGUGCAGAACAAUCAUCAACUACACUACAGACAACCGACACAGUUGAUGUCCAGGAUAUUGAAAUGGAUGAAGCGGAAGAUUUUGAAGAUGAACCUGAGCCUGAACCUGAGAAUAGUGAAAUAUCUUUGGCACAGAUGCUCAACCAUCAUAGAGAUGAUGAUGAAUAUUAUGGAGCUGAUGAUUACGAUGAAUACUGAGUGCAUGACAGUCUGUGAACCUGUCCUACAUGUUCAUCAAAAGGAGAUUGCAUGUCAUGGAUUUAAGGUAUUAAAAAGACAUAUGAAGAAAAUAAUGUAUAAAUACACUCAUUCCAAAAUAUUUUAUGUGUAUCAUUUUUUAUUUAUUUCAUAUGCCAUAUAUGAACUGAAAUACGAAUCAUGUUUUGUAAUACUUUGAUAAUUCACUCCACUGUGAAGCAUUGGAAUAAUGAAGAAUAAUUAUUUUUCAACAACAAA